AUGGAACCAAAACUGUGGUCCCCAAAUGUCUGUAUCGUCAACUCGAAAUCCACCAAAGUCCACGAUUCCCCUAAACCCAACAUCCUCCUCAUGAUAUUUCCCAACGGGACCAUCUGGCUAAACUACCGUAUUCGAUCCGAGGCACCAGAUUGGUUGGAAUGGUCACCGGUGUCUACAGUAAGAAGUGACUAUAAUCUUCCGGAUUUUCGAAUGACGAAUAUCACGUAUGGAAGUAUUACUGAGGCCUAUACCGCAGGAAUGUGGCACCGUCUGUCCGUGUCCAUUCAUUUCGAACGUCUCUACGGUUUCUAUAUUCUUCAAAUGUAUCUUCCUACCUACAUAUCUGUAUUCAUAUCAUGGAUUGAUUUCUGGAUGGAUACGAAAGCACUCCCUGCUAGAAUCACACUUUCAGUCUCUUCAUUAAUGGCGUUGACGUUUCAAUUUGGUAACAUUGUCAAGUCACUGCCAAAGGCCUCCUAUGUCAAAGCAAUCGAUAUCUGGAUGUUCAGUUGUGUCGGAUUCAUCUUCUUCUCUCUAAUCGAGUUAGCCAUUGUGGCAUACAACGAUAAAAUGCAUGACCAACGACUUCGAGAAGCGAGAUGUUCAGUGGGGAACUUGAAUUCAAAUGGAGUGGGACACCCUAAUCUGGAAUCUAGGAGAAGUUUUGUGGAAUUGAGUGCUCGACGAGCAAAAGGAAGUGAACUCGGAGCAUCGAUAGAUCGAGUGGCCAGUAUGCUAUUUCCAACGAUGUUCGCUCUCUUCAAUCUGGUCUAUUGGUCCUACUACUUGACGACAAGUAUGAAUCCGGUUUAUACAUGA